AUGGAGUUAGAGAACCAUUCUGCCAAAGAGGAUGGAGAUAAAUUUGAGGAUAUAUCUGAUAAGAUUAUAUGUCUCUUCAACUAUAUCAAGGGGAACCACAGCACUCAAUUAGCUUUUGAGUUUUUAAUCAAUGUUAACAAAUUACGCAUUGAAUCAGAUGAUGGUCAUCUUGAACUGCACCAUGUUGAAGGGGCAUUUGUUGAAACAAUAUUGCCAAAGGUAAAAUCCCCACCACAUGAGAUAUUAUUAAAGCUGGAGAAGGAGUCAGAGUUGAAGGAAUUGUCACAAGAAAGCUCCAUGCUUGUAUUUAAGCUUGGAUUGUCUAAUACUCAUUGUUCUCUGCUGAUGAAUGGACUUGUUAUUGAUCCAACUGAGGAGGCAAUAAUGAAUGCCUUGAAUGAUGAGACUCAGAGAAUACAGGAGCAGGUAUAUUUUGGACAAAUAAAACCACAUACUGAUGUAUUAGCCAAGUUCCUGUCCGAAGCUGGCAUUCAACGUUAUAAUCCUCGGAUUAUUUCUAAUGGUAAACCAAGGUUCAUAUCUCUGUCUGCAUUUUUUACUGAAGAGGAGUCUAUACUGAAUGACAUUGAUUACUUGCAUUCUGCUGGAAGUAAGUAG